AAAUUCGAAAUCCACUUUGUAAUUUUUUACUGUUUAAUCCGUUCAUCUUCGUACAAGUGGAAUCGUUAUUGAUUAUUGGCCCACUGUUUUUGAAGGAAAGAUAAGGGUAGAACAGUCAAAUCGGCUCGCAGAUACCAGAUUACAUGAGCUAUACGACGUCGUUAGCUGGAAUUCCAGUGGGCAGCAAUACCCGCGCAUCCAGAAUUUUUACCCCUUUCGACUGACGGUGAUAAUAAUACCGUAGUAGGGUUUUCUGUUUAGUUAGGACGUUAUUAAUAAGAAGAGUGAAUAAUGAUUUUUCUCGGGUUAAUCUAAAAGCAUUUGUUGCAGAAAAUAAUAGAAAUCUUUAAUAGGGUUGGGAAAGGGGGGAAAACUGGUUUGUAGAGUAAUAAGAUGGAUUUGAAUAUUCCAGCAGAGGAAAAUGAAAUUUUUGAUGUGGAGGAGGGAGGAAAGUUUUCAGAGGACAUUAUGAGAAGUGGAAAGCAAGAGCUGGAAAACGGGGAAGAGAGAAAUCUGGAUAUGAAUGUGAAAGAAGAGGGAAAGAUUGUGGAGGAAGGUGAAAAGUUUUCAAAGGAGGACGCUAUGAGGAGUGCAAAGCAAGAGUUGGAAAAUGGGGAAGAGGAAAAUCUAGAAGUAAAUGGGAAAGAAGAGGGAAAGGUUGAAGAAAAUGACGGUACGGAGAUUGACAAAAAAGAAGAGUUUGAAAGUGGAAAUAGGGAGCCACGUCGUAGAGGAAGGAAAAAGAAAGAGCAAGGGAAGGGAAAUUUGGAUGUAGAGGAAGAGGACAAGAAAAAUGGGGCAAGUGGUGCAGAGGAAAACGGAACAGAGAGUGCUUUUAACCGGAGGGCAUCACGGAGGAAAUCUUCUCAGUUGGCAACUGUGAAGCUCGUGUUGCUGAAUGAAGAUAGUUUGGACUUGGAAGAGGAAGAGGAAGAGAAAGAGGGAAGGAAACGUAAACCAGGUCCAAAAAGAAAAAGGAAGCGUGCAAAAAUUGAGGAAAGUGGAAGCGGGAAAGUGGUGGAAGAGAAAAAUGGGAAAGAGGGAAGUCAGAAGAAAAGGCGAGGAAGAAAGAGGUUGAAUUAUGACGAGAAUGGAGAAGAUAGGGAGAAGAAAGAGGAUGGAGAAGAAGGGGAGAAGACAGGGGACGAGACAGAAACGAGUAGAGAAAGAAGGUUUUUACUCAGAGCCAAGAAUGAUAAGCCCAAUAAUUCGUCAAAGACCGGGGGCAGAAAGAAUUAUGAUGAAAAUGGGAUGGAGAUCUUGUCUAACAUGUGUCAUCAGUGCCAGAGAAAUGACAAAGGAAGGGUUGUUAGGUGCAAAAAGUGCACGUCGAAGCGAUACUGCAUACCUUGCUUGACUACCUGGUAUCCUCAGAUGUCAGAGGAGGCUAUCGAGGAGGCUUGCCCUGUCUGUCUUAAUAACUGCAAUUGUAAGAGAUGCAUGCGGUUGGAUGGACCAAUCAGGCACUUGAAGAAUUUGGAAUUGAAAUUUACUGAAGAAGAAAAGGUUCAGUACUCAAAGUUUAUGCUCCAAUUGCUGUUGCCCUUCUUGAAGAAAUUCAAUGCUGAACAAUCAGCUGAGAAGGACGUCGAAGCUGAGAUAAAAGGACUACCUGUUUCUGAUAUAACAGCACAAGAAGCAAAAUGUGAGAAGGAUGAGCGAAUUUAUUGUGACAAUUGCAAAACUUCUAUUGCUGAUUUUCACAGAAGCUGUCCGCUUUGUUCUUAUGAUCUUUGCAUUACUUGUUGCCGGGAAAUUAGGAAUGGAAAACUACAGGCAGGUGAAGAGGAAUUUGUCAUGCAAUAUGUUGACAAUGGGCUAAACUACCUGCAUGGCGGUGACAGUCGUGCUGCUAAUUCCGUGAAGGAUGAGAAUUGUAGUGAAGUGACUAGACCCAGCUGUAGGGAUCAUUCUAAAUUAAAAUCUGAAUGGAAAUCUGAUGAAAAUGGCAACAUUCCAUGUCCACCAAAGGAUGUGGGAGGUUGUGGUGAAGGAAUUCUUGAAUUGAAGUCUGUAUUUCCUGAUAAUUUUGUUUCAGAGUUGUUAGUGAAAGCCGAAGAUAUAGUGAAGAACUACGUGCCUGAAAAUUUUGAGCAGUGCUGCUCCUGUUUGAAAAUUGAUGGUGAAAAUGUUCCUGACUGUAAUAAUUUACGCAAAGCAGCCUCUCGAGAAAACUCUGAGGACAAUUAUUUAUACUGUCCAAAAGCUAAAGAUCUUCAGCACGCAGAUUUGAAGCAUUUCCAGUGGCACUGGUCAAAAGGCGAGCCAGUAAUUGUCAGUAACGUGCUUGAGACUACAUUGGGCUUGAGCUGGGAACCUAUGGUUAUGUGGCGUGCCUUACGUCAAAUCAGAAAUGUGAAUCAUGAACUGCUACUUGAUGUGACCGCUAUAAAUUGCUUGGACUGGUGUGAGGUAGACAUUAAUGUUCACCAGUUCUUCAAAGGGUAUUCUGAGGGUCGUUUUGACAGUGAUGGAUGGCCUCAGAUUCUGAAGUUGAAGGACUGGCCUCCAUCUAAUUUAUUUGAGGAGCGAUUACCUCGCCAUGGCGCUGAGUUUAUCAGUUGCUUACCAUUCAAGGCAUAUACUCAUCCUCACAGUGGAUACUUAAAUCUCGCUGUUAAACUGCCAAAGAAGUCUUUGAAGCCAGACAUGGGGCCUAAGACAUAUAUAGCUUAUGGAGUUGCUCAGGAACUGGGACGUGGAGAUUCUGUCACAAAGCUCCAUUGUGAUAUGUCUGAUGCGGUUAAUGUGCUGACACAUGAAGGAGGAGUAAAACUCACGCCUAUGCAGCUUUCAAAAAUAAAGGAGUUGAAGAAUAAGCACAAUGCCCAAGAUGAGAGGGAAUUGUACCAAAAUAAGGAGAUGGACGUGAAAAAAAAACAAUUAGAUGAUGACUUAUUGAGAUUGAAUGAGCAAGCUUCUUCAGACAUGUUGGACGACCCUUGUUUGAAGAUUGAAGCCAAAGAGCCAAAAUCAUCUGAUAUGCCAACAGAGAACAUGCUAAUGGUUGAAAAAAAUGUAGCUGAUGAUGAAGGUUGCCGGUGUUCAGGCAGAGGAAAAAAUGAAACUGAUAUCUCACUAAAUCAAAAUUUUGUGGCUGAGAUCAACUCCACUGAUUGCGCAUGUGAAAAACCUGCUCUACCCAUGGAAGUGGAGAGCAAUGAUGAAAUUGAGAUAUUGAGCAAAAUAAAUCAGAAUAUAACAGAGACUUCCGGAUCAAGCGAAUCAGAGAAAGAAGUUGAACAUAGUGAAGAGGAAAAUAAUGGUGCUUCAGUUUCAGUUGGUUCAGAAGUCUUUGAAGACCCUGAAGGUGGUGCUCUAUGGGACAUUUUUAGGAGGGAAGAUGUUCCAAAACUGGAAGAAUAUGUGUGCAGGCAUUUUAAGGAAUUUAGGCACAUCUAUUGUAAUCAGUUGCCGCAGGUGGUCCACCCAAUUCACGAUCAAACAGUUUAUUUGACCUUGGAGCAUAAAAGGAGACUAAAGGAGGAAUAUGGGAUCGAACCAUGGACUUUCAUUCAGAAAUUAGGUGAUGCAGUGUUUAUACCUGCUGGCUGCCCACAUCAAGUUAGAAACUUGAAGUCAUGUAUAAAGGUUGCAGUUGACUUCGUCUCACCUGAAAAUGUUCAAGAGUGCAUUCGUAUGACCGAAGAAUUCCGCAUUCUUCCUCAAAAUCACAGGGCUAAGGAAGACAAGUUGGAGGUGAAGAAAAUGACUCUUCAUGCCAUGUGCCAAGCUGUACAAUCUUGUGAGGGCAUUUCUUCAGAUGCAAGUGACACUAACCAAGAAGAAAAAACGAGGAAAAGAAAUUUCAAAGGAAGAAGGAAGAAGAAGAAAGUAUGACUACAGCGAUACAGAAACUGUCCAAGGGGUUACUGCCAUUUCCAGCUCCAAACUGUGACAUGGACGUGAUGAGAUUGUGAGUGAAGAAUUUGUUUCGGAUGCAUGUUGAUGUGUCGUGGAAUAUACUAUGCCGUCUCCCUACAUUUGGUCUCAUUUUAUUCUUUUCUAUUGAGUUUGGAUCCAAAUGUGCACACCCAAAAUUGAAUUGUUUCCCAUGGACACCUUGAAACCUUUUGGUAGCUUCAGAAAAUUGAGAAUCCCUUCAGUUAAAUGAAUUUAUCAUCAAGCUUUUGUUGUAUGUUGAAUAUGUAACGGGGAGCAUUUUAUUAAUUUAUGUGCUAUUUUGGUGUAUAACAUAAUGUCUCCAAGACUUGGCAUUGUUCUCUA